GGCAGGACAGUCGGGGGGCGGUCGCAAUGGAGAUCCCCUCGGCUGAGGAGAAGCAGGAGGUAGUGAAGAUGGGCCAGAGAGAGAAGAGGGAGAGGCAGGAAACACAGGGAGAGGAAGAGAAACCUGUCAGUGUGCGGAAGAGGAACAAGCAGCACCUGAAGGUCACCAUCGCACCUGGUACCACGACCUCUGAACCUGCAGAGGGGGUCAUGUCUGGAGCCCGUCCACGCCUGCGGGAGAGGUCAGCAUCGGAGGAGAGCCCGAGUGAGCCGACCUCCUCACCCUUACGCGGGGACACACUGCCAUGGAACUUGGCCAAGCACCAGCGUGUCAAGCGUUCCAAGUCGGCCUCCGGGGAUGUGCUGGACCCGGCCGAGAGGGCGGUCAUCCGGAUUGCAGAUGAGCGCGACCGAGUGCAGAAAAAGACCUUCACAAAAUGGGUGAACAAGCAUCUUAUGAAGCACUGGAGGGCUGAGCAGUCUGCUGACCAAUGGUUUUCAAAAUUGCCUCCUUCAUUGGUGACACAUUCAUGGGCAAUUGAGGCUCAGAGGCACAUCACGGACCUGUACGAGGAUCUGCGAGAUGGCCACAAUCUCAUCUCCCUGUUGGAGGUGCUGUCUGGGGAAACACUGCCGAGGGAGCGUGACGUUGUCAGGAACUCGCGGUUGCCCCGGGAGAAGGGUCGCAUGCGCUUCCACAAGCUACAGAACGUGCAGAUCGCCCUAGACUUCCUCAAACACAGACAGGUGAAGCUGGUGAAUAUCCGGAAUGAUGACAUAGCGGACGGAAACCCCAAGCUAACCCUUGGGCUGAUCUGGACCAUCAUCCUUCACUUCCAGAUUUCAGACAUCCAGGUUAAUGGUCAGUCAGAUGACAUGACAGCCAAGGAGAAGCUGUUGCUCUGGUCUCAGCGCAUGGUGGAGGGCUACCCCGGCAUGCGCUGCGAUAACUUCACCACCAGCUGGAGAGACGGCAAACUGUUCAACGCCAUCAUCCACAAACACAGGCCCAGUCUCAUUGACAUGAAUAAGGUGUACAGACAGACCAACCUGGAGAACCUGGAGCAGGCUUUCGCUGUGGCAGACAGAGAACUGGGCGUCACCCGUCUGCUUGACCCAGAAGACGUCGACGUGCCGCACCCUGAUGAGAAGUCCAUCAUUACAUACGUCUCCUCCCUGUACGAUGUCAUGCCAAGGGUUCCCGAUGCACAGGAUGGAGUCCAGGCCAAUGAGCUGGAGCUUCGCUGGCAGGAGUACUACGAGGUGGUCACCAUGCUUCUGCAGUGGAUCAGACACCACAUCAUCGUGUUUGAGGAGAAGAAGUUCCCCCCCAGCUACGAGGAGAUAGAGGUGCUUUGGCGCCAGUUUCUCAAAUUCAAGGAGACAGAGCUGCCAGCAAAGGAGGCAGACAAAAACCGCUCCAAACAUAUUUACAAGGCCUUUGAGAGUGCAGUGCAGGCAGGGCAGAUCAAGGUGCCCUCCAGCUACCAUCCCAUCGACGUGGAGAAAGAGUGGGGCCGCCUGCACGGGGCCAUACUGGAGCGGGAGCGGCUGCUCCGCGCCGAGUUCGAGCGGCUGGAGAAGCUACAGAGGGUGGUGGGGAAGGUGCAGAUGGAGUCUGGCGUGUGUGAGGAGCAGCUCAACCAGGUGGAGACGCUGCUUCAGAUGGACGUGCGCUUGCUGGGGACCGGGAAGCCCACGCAGCAUGCGGCGGAGACUGAGGCGGACCUGGACAAGGCCGAGAACAUGAUACGCAUCCUUUUUAACGACGUGCAGUUGCUCAAGGAUGGGCGCCACCUUCAGGCAGAACAGAUGUAUAGGAGGGUGUACCGCCUCCAUGAGCGCCUGGUGAACCUGCGCAGUGAGUACAACCUACGUGUGAAGUCGGGCGUGACGGCGAUGACCGUGGCUCCGUCCAUGGCCCAGGUGGCCGUGGCACAGGGCCUGCAGCAGUCGCCACAGCGCACACGGCCCGAGCUGGAUGAAGUCACGCUCCGUUACGUCCGGGACUUGCUGGCCUGGGUGGAGGAGAACCAGAGGCGCAUUGACACCGCAGACUGGGGAGCCGACCUGCCCGCCGUUGAGUCCCACCUGGGCAGCCAUCGCGGCCUACAUCAGUCUAUCGAGGACUUCAAGUCCAAGAUUGACCGUGCGAGAGCAGAUGAGAAUCAGUUAACCCCUGCCAGUAAAGGAGCAUACAGAGACUACCUGGGCAAGCUGGACUUGCAGUAUGGAAAACUGCUGAACUCCUCGAAGGCCCGUCUACGCCACCUCACACAGCUGCAUGCGUUCGUUGUGGCGGCCACCAAAGAGCUGAUGUGGCUGAACGAGAAAGAGGAAGAGGAAGUGAACUAUGACUGGAGUGACCGUAACACCAACAUGACAGCCAAGAAGGACAACUACUCGGGCCUGAUGCGAGAGCUGGAGCAGAGGGAGAAGAAGGUGAACAGCGUUCAAGCCACUGGUGAAAAAUUGCUGAAAGAAGGUCACCCAGCCAGGAACACUCUGGAGGCGUUCAUGGCUGCCAUGCAGACCCAGUGGAGCUGGAUGCUGCAGCUGUGCUGUUGCAUCGAAAGCCACCUGAAGGAGAACACCGCCUACUUCCAGUUCUUUGCAGAUGUAAAAGAGGCAGAGGAGAAGAUAAGGAAGAUGCAGGAGUCGAUGAAGAAGAAGUAUGUGUGUGACCGCUCCAUCACCGUCACACGUCUGGAAGACCUCUUGCAAGAUGCUGUGGAUGAGAAGGAGCAACUCAAUGAGUUCAAGACUCACCUGGACGGCCUGAACAGGAGGGCCAAGAAUAUCAUCCAGUUGAAACCCAGACACCCUGCCACUCCCGUGAAAGGCAAGCUGCCCGUUCAGGCGGUGUGUGACUUCAAACAGAUAGAGAUCACAGUGCACAGGGGGGAUGAGUGCAUCCUGCUGAACAACUCUCAGCCCUUCAAGUGGAAGGUGCGAGGCUCCGGCAGUGCAGAGGCAACAGUGCCAUCCGUCUGCUUCAGCAUCCCACCUAUCAACAAGGAGGCCGUGGACAGCAGCUCGGGACUGGACUCUGGUCUGCAGAAGUUGAUGAUCCUCUGGCAGAAGCUUCACGUGGAUAUGAAGAGCCUCCUGUCCUGGCAGUACCUCAUGAGAGACAUUCAGUUCAUCAGUUCCUGGAACAUCAUCAUGUUCAAGACGCUGAAGGUGGAAGAGUACCGACAGGUGCUGAAGAACCUGGAGCUGCACUAUCAGGCCUUCAUGUGCGACAGUCAGGACUCGGAGCUGUUCGGCGCGGACGACCGCAUGCAGGCCGAGAGCGCUUACAGUAGGGCAGCGCAGCACUACGAUGGUCUGCUACGCUCUUUGGAGCAAGAACCUGUCUUCAGACCCAAAGACAAGGCUACCGGGGAGCAAGACGAGUCCGUGUGCAGGAGUUAUGUCACGCAGAUAAAGGACAUCCGGCUGAGGCUGGAGGGCUGCGAGGGUCGCAUGGUCACCCCUCUGCGGCAGCCCGCGAAUGCCGAGCCCCUGGAAGUCUGCGCCAAGAGGACCAGCGAGCAUCAGAAGCUGCAGGCUGAGCUGGAGGGCAUCAAGAAAGACCUGGACACAGUGGGGAAGCAGAGCGAGGCAGCGCUGGCCUCCGCCCAGCAGUCCAGCUCCGCCCCUGUCCUGCGCACCGAGCUGGACGUCACCCGCAAGAAGAUGGAGCACGUCUACAGCCUCUCCUCUGUCUACCUGGACAAGCUGAAGACCAUCAACCUAGUGAUCCGCAGCACACAAGUUGUAGAAGAUGUCCUCAGGAAGUACGAGAGCCAGCUGCGCGACAUUCAGAAAGUGCCUUCUGACGAGAAGGAGGUGGAAGCUGACCAGGCACAGCUGAAGAAACAGCGCUCAGCAGUUGAGGGUGACCAGCCGGUGUUCGACCGCCUGGAGGCGGAGUUUGGCGAGGCAGCGACGGUGAGCGACCGUCUGUCCCGUGUGCGCGGUGAGCAGGAUGGUGAGCUGGAGCACUACAGGCAGCUGGUGACAGGGCUGAAGGAGCGCUGGCAGGCCGUGCUCGCCCAGAUGGAGCUGCGUCUCUGUGAGCUGGACGUGUUGGGCAGGCACAUGCACGCGUACCGGCAGAGCUACGACUGGCUCAUCCGCUGGACCGCCGACGCUAAGCUGAGGCAGGAGAGGAUCCAGGCUGUGCCCAUUGGUGAUAGUGCCACGCUUAGAGAGCAACUGGUCCAGGAGAAGAAACUCCUUGAAGAGAUUGAGAAGAACAAAGAGAAGGUGGAUGAAUGUCAGAAAUGUGCCAAGGCCUACAUUGAUGCAGUAAAGGAUUAUGAACUUCAGCUGGUCACAUACAAGGCCUUGGUGGAGCCAAUCGCCUCACCUCUAAAGAAAACCAAAAUGGAGUCUGCCUCAGAUAACAUUAUCCAAGAGUAUGUCACUCUUCGAACACGCUACAGUGAGCUGAUGACCCUUACAAGCCAAUAUAUUAAGUUCAUCAUCGAUGCACAGCGCCGCCUACAGGACGAGGAGAAAGCUACAGAAAAACUUAAGGAAGAAGAGAGGAGAAAACUGGCUGAGAUGCAGGCUGAGUUAGAAAAGCAGCGACAGUUAGCAGAAUCUCAUGCCAAGGCCAUCGCCAAAGCAGAGCAAGAGGCUGAGGAGCUGAAGAAAAAGAUGAAAGAGGAAGUCAGCAAAAGACAGGUGGUUGCCGUUGAUGCAGAGAAGCAGAAGCACAACAUCCAGCAGGAGCUACAUGAACUCAGAAAUCUCUCCGAACAGGAGAUUAAGGCGAAAAGCCAGCAGGUGGACGAGGCCGUGCAGAGUCGGGCCAAGAUUGAGGAGGAGAUCCGCAUAAUCCGACUCCAACUGGAGACGACAGUGAAACAGAAAUCAACUGCUGAAUCUGAACUUCAACAGCUUAGGGACAAAGCGGCAGAGGCUGAUAGACUUAGAAAGACUGCGCAAGAAGAGGCAGAAAAGCUUAGGAAACAAGUCAAUGAGGAGACGCAGAAGAAACGCAGGGCAGAGGAGGAGCUAAAACAAAAAUCAGAGGCAGAGAAGGAGGCUGCGAAGCAGAAACAGAAGGCUAUUGAGGAUCUGGAGAAAUUCAAGCACCAGGCUGAACAGGCUGAGAGGCGGAUGAGGCAGGCUGAAAUGGAAAAGGAGAAGCAGAUCAAAGUGGUUGAGGAGGUGGCACAGAAAACUGCUGCCACAGAGCUUCAAAGUAAGCGUCAGACAUUUGUUGAGAAAACAACAAAACUGGAAGAGUCACUGAAACAAGAGCAAGGCAAUGUUAUUCAGCUACAAGAGGAGGCAGACCGUCUUAAAAAGCAACAGGCUGAAGCAGAUAAGGCAAGAGAACAAGCAGAGAAGGAACUGGAGAUGUGGAGACAGAAAGCCAACGAAGCUCUCCGUCUGAGGCUCCAGGCCGAGGAGGAGGCUGCUAAGAAGAGCGCCGCUCAGGAGGAGGCAGAGAAACAGAAGGAAGAAGCAAAACGAGAGGCAAAGAGAAGGGCGAAAGCUGAGGAUGUCGCUCUCAAACAGAAGGAGACUGCAGAGAAGGAACUUGAGAAGCAAAGGAAAGAGGCUGAAGAAACGGCCCAGCAGAAGCUCAUAGCAGAACAGGAGCUCGUCCGUUUGAGGAUAGAUUUUGAUCAUGCUGAGCAGCAGAGGAAUCUGCUAGAUGAUGAACUGCAGCGCCUCAAAAAUGAAGUGAACACAGCUGUGAAACAGAGGGAACAGUUAGAGGCAGAGCUUUCCAAAGUCAGAAAGGAGAUGGAAGUUCUCAUACAAAUGAAAUCCAAAGCUGAAAAGGAGUCUAUGUCGAGUACAGAAAAAAGCAAGCAGCUUCUUGAAUCUGAAGCAGCCAAGUUGAAGGAACUUGCAGAGGAAGCAGCUAAACUGAGGUCAGUUGCUGAAGAAGCAAAGAAACAAAGGCAGGUUGCAGAGGAUGAGGCAGGCCGACAGAGAGCAGAGGCUGAGAAGAUCCUUAAAGAAAAGCUGGCUGCCAUCAGUGAAGCAACUCGUUUGAAAACUGAGGCAGAAAUUGCUUUGAAAGAGAAGGAGGCUGAAAAUGAGCGUCUUAGAAGAAGAGCUGAGGAUGAAGCAUAUCAAAGGAAAGUCCUUGAAGACCAAGCUGCUCAACAUAAGCAAGAUAUUGAGGAAAAGAUUGGACAAGUAAAAAAGUCCUCUGAGGUGGAGUUAGACAGACAGAAAAAAAUAAUAGAAGAAACUUUGAAUCAAAAGAAAGUGGUGGAAGAGGAGAUUCACAUUCUAAAACUUAACUUUGAAAAGGCCUCAGCAGGAAAGCUUGAUCUUGAACUUGAGCUGAAGAAACUAAAGAGCCUUGCUGAAGAGACUCAAAAGGUUAAAGACAAAGCAGAAGAAGAGGCAGAGAAAUUUAGAAAACUUGCUCUUGAAGAAGAAAAGAAGCGGAAGGAGGCAGAGGAAAAAGUUAAAAAGAUUGCAGCAGCGGAGGAAGAAGCAGCAAGGCAGUGUCAGGUUGCUCAGCAAGAAGCAGAGCGUCUCAGAACAAAAGCGGAGGAGGCCAAAAAGCAAAAAGAUGAUGCUGACAAGGAGGCUGAGAAACAAAUACUUUUAGCUAAAGAGGCUGCACAGAAGUGUUCUGCUGCUGAGCACAAAGCUCAGGAUGUCCUUGUUCAACAAAAAGAGGACAGCCUUGCUCAAGCUAAGCUAAAGGAGGAGUUUGAGAAAGCCAAGAAAUUGGCAGAAGAUGCGGCAAAGGCCAAGGAGAAAGCGGAACAAGAGGCUAGUCUAUUUCGUCAAAAAGCAGAUGAGGCUGAGCGUCAGAAACGAGCGGCUGAAGCCGAAGCAGCAAGACAGGCCAAGGCCCACGAAGAUGCUGAAAAAAUGAGAAAAGAAGCUGAAUCAGAAGCCUCCAAACGUGCUGCAGCAGAAGAAACUACACUAAAGCAAAAAGAUCAGGCUGAUGCGGAGAUGGCCAAGCAGAAACAGCUUGCUGAGACUACCUCGAAGCAGAAGUCUCAGGUUGAGCAAGAGUUGGCAAUGGUAAAACUUCAACUCGAAGAGACUGACAAACAAAAGACUGUUUUGGAUGAAGAACUGAAACGAUUGAAAGGUGAGGUGUGUGAUGCAGUCAAGCAGAAAGUUCAGGUAGAAGAUGAACUCUCCAAAGUCAGGAGUCAAAUGGAAGAGUUAGUUAAACUGAAGGUAAAAAUUGAGAAAGAAAAUAAGCAGCUUAUGAAAAAAGAUGAAGAAAACACAAAGAAAUUGCUUGAGGAAGAGGCUGAGAACAUGAAGAAGCUGGCUGAAGAGGCCGCACGGCUAAGUGUUGAUGCACAAGAAGCUGCUAGACUUAGACAAAUUGCAGAAUCUGACCUUGCCCAACAGAGAGAACUGGCUGAAAAGAUGCUCAAAGAGAAAAUGCUAGCCAUUCAGGAAGCAACAAAACUGAAGGGUGAAGCUGAAAAGCUCCAAAAACAGAAAGACCAGGCUCAAGAAGAGGCCCAAAAACUUCUGGAGGCCAAACAGGAGAUGGAGCAACGUUUAGAGCAAGAGACUGAGGGCUUCCAGAAGUCUUUGGAAGCAGAACGCAAGCAGCAGCAAGAAAUAACCGCUGAGGCUGAAAAGCUAAAACUCAGGGUAACACAGUUAACUAAUGCCCAGACAAAAGCAGAGGAGGAGGCUGAUAAAUUCAAGAAACAGGCAGAAGAAAUUAGAGCCUGUUUGAUGGAUACUGAAAAACAAACUUCAGAAAAACUCAUUGCUGUUGAGAAACUGGAAGUGGAGAGGUUGCAUAGCAACAAAGAAGCUGAUGACCUGCGCAAAGCAAUUGCUGACCUUGAAAAAGAAAAGGAGAAACUAAAACAAGAAGCGAUGGAUUUACAAAAUAAAGCAAAACAGAUGGCCAAUACACAACAAGCAGAAAUACUACAAGAAAAGACAGUUCUUCAGCAAACCUUCCUUACAGAGAAAGAAACCCUACUGAAAAGGGAGAAGGCCAAUGAGGGAGAGAGAAUGAAGCUUGAAAAACAACUUGAAGAUGAAGUGAAAAAAGCCAAAGACCUAAAAGAUGAACAGGAAUGUCAGAGGAAGCAGAUGGAGGAGGAGAAACAGAAACUUCAGGCUAUCUUGGAUGCUGCAGUCAAAAAGCAGAAGGAUUCUGAGGAAGAGAUGUUUAAUAAGAAAAAAGAGAUGGAAGAGCUAGAAAAGCAAAAACAAGAAAAAGAAAAACUCCUAGGUGAGGAAAAUAAGAAAUUGCGAGAAAAGCUCCAGCAGCUCCAGGGAACAACAAAACCCGCAUCUUCUCAAACAAAGGAAAUUGAGGUCCAAACCGACAAGGUUCCUGAGGAUGAAUUAGUUACAGCAACAGAGCAAGAAAAAACAAAGAAAGUUUUCAAUGGUUCUGCAGAGAUUGAUGGUGUAAAGGCAAAAGGAGACUCACCACUGAUGUUUGAUGGAAUCAGGGAGAAGGUGCCAGCAAGCAGGCUUAAUGAAAUUGGUGUGCUGAACAAAAAGGAAUUUGACAAACUUAAGAAAGGCAAAACAACUGUGCAAGAGCUUAGUAAGAUGGACAAAGUCAAGAUGUGUCUGAAAGGCAAGGAUUGCAUUAGUGGCGUAACAGUGGAACCUUACCAAAAAAUGAGCAUUUAUCAGGCUUUGAAGGACAAGAGAAUUGCACCUAACACAGCUAUGAUGCUCCUUGAAGCACAGGCUGCAUCUGGAUAUAUUAUUGAUCCCAUUAAAAACAGAAGGCUCUCUGUCAGUGAGGCUGUGAAGGAGUCCAUCAUUGGGCCUGAACUGCACACAUCAUUGCUCUCUUCUGAAAGGGCUGCAACUGGUUUCAAGGAUCCUUUCACUGGACAUAAGAUUUCUCUUUUUGAAGCCAUGAACAAGGGUUUGGUCACAGAAGCUCAAGCCACUAAACUUCUUGAUGUUCAACUUGCAACUGGUGGCAUUAUUGACCCAGUAAACAGUCAUCGUGUGCCAGUUCAAACAGCUUGUAAACAAGGACAGUUGGAUGAGGAGUUAAACAAAGUCUUGUCCAGUCUCUCUGAUGAUAGAGAAGGAUUCAGUGAUCCCAGCACACAAGAAAGCCUCACUUAUAGUCAGCUACUGGAAAGAUGCCAAACAGAUCCUGAAACAGGCCUUCCACUUCUUCCUAUUGCAGAGACAGCAGCAUUUAUCGAGAGGACUUGCACGGAUGAAGAAACUAAAGAUGUGUUCAGGAAAGCAAAUCUAUUGGUGCCAUUUGGAAGAUUUAAAGGAAAGACUGUGACCAUCUGGGAAGUGAUCAAUUCUGAGUACUUCACUGAAGAUCAAAGGAAAGACCUUAUUCGUCAGUAUAAAUCAGGCAAAAUUACUGUAGAGAAAAUUAUAAAGAUUGUAAUAACUGUUGUGGAGGACAAAGAGAAAAAUAAAGAACCUGCCUUUGAUGGCUUGAGAUCAUCUGUGCCUGCAUCUGAGCUCCUAGACUCAAAGAUCAUCAAUAAAGAUAUAUUCAAUGAGUUGCACAAUGGCAAAACUUCUGUGGAAGAAGUGUCUGAGAUGGAGCCUGUCAAAAAAGCCUUAAGGGGAACGAACAGUAUUGCUGGAGUAUUCAAUGAAUCAACUAAGGAGAAGGUACCAGUCUAUGAAGCCAUGAAGAAGAACAUGCUUGGAGUAGAGGUUGCAUUAAAUCUCCUAGAAGCCCAGGCUGGAACAGGCUUCAUUGUUGAUCCAACAAACAAUAAAAAACUUACUGUUGAUGAGGCUGUUAAAUCUGGGAUUGUUGGUCCAGAGCUGCAUGAGAAAUUGUUGUCUGCAGAAAGAGCAGUGACAGGAUACAAGGAUCCAUACACUGGAAAGACAGCAUCCCUUUUUGAGGCAAUGGAAAAAGACCUCAUUAAAAAAGACCAGGGUAUUCGGCUCCUGCAGGCCCAGCUUGCAACUGGAGGAAUCAUUGAUCCAGUGAAAAGUUAUAGGAUUCCUCAGGAUGUUGCUUACAAACGGGGAUAUUUCAGUGAGGAAAUGAACAAGUCGCUAAGCAGCUCAUCAGACACUAAUAAAGUAUUCUAUGACCCAAACACAAGGGAGAAUGUUUCUUAUGUACAGCUGCAGAAAAAAUGUAUCACUGACAAAGAGACAGGUCUCCCAUUGCUGCCCCUCUCGGAAAAAGCUGUUAAGUCUACAGAAUUUAAUCUGCUUUUGAAUGUUGACACCAAAGAGGCCUUAAACAGGGAAACACUGGAGUUACAUAGUGGACCCUUUAAAGGACGUAAAGUCACCAUUUGGGAGAUUAUUAAUUCUGAAUAUCUAACUGAAGAACAAAGAAUUGAGAUAUUAUGUCAGUAUAGAUCAGGAAAAGUUACGAUUGAAAUGAUAAUUAGAAGUGUGAUCACACUGGUUGAAGAAAGAGAGAUGAAAAAGCAGCAAGAUACAUUUAUUGGUCUGAGAGGCCCUGUUACUGCCACAUCCCUGUUUGAAUCUAAAAUUAUUGACAAAGCUACUUAUGAUCAGCUCCAAGAAGGCAAAAAGAAGCCACAAGAGAUUACUGAAAUUGAUUCAGUCAAGAGGUACUUGCAAGGAUUUGAAAGCAUUGCAGGGGCAUUCAUUGAAAAAUCUAAAGAAAAGCUCAGCAUUUAUCAAGCAAUGAAACAGAAAUUUUUGACACUAGAUACAGGCAUUUCCCUGUUGGAAGCCCAAGCAGCAACUGGGUUUCUUGUUGAUCCAAUCAAGAAUCAGAGGUUUACAGUGGACGAUGCUGUAAAAGUUGGCCUUGUUGGCCCAGAACUUCAUGAAAAACUGCUGUCUGCAGAGAAGGCUGUAACUGGUUAUAAAGAUCCAUACACUGGUAACAAGAUUUCCCUUUUCCAAGCAAUGCAAAAAGAGCUUGUUCCUAGAGAACAUGCCAUACAUCUUUUGGAAGCCCAAGAGGCCACUGGGGGGAUAAUUGAUCCAGUGAAUAGUCAUCGUAUUCCCACUGACACAGCUAUUCAGCAAGGUUACUUAAACAAGCAAACGGCCAAGUCCUUUAAAGAUCCUUCAGAUGAAGUCAAAUGUUUCACUGAUCCUAACAAAGAUGAGAGUGUCACUUAUAGACAGCUGUCAGACAGAUGCAUGAAAGAUCCGGAGUUUGGAUUUUUCCUCUUACCACUUCAUAAAGCAGAAGCUCCAAAAGAAGUUGAGAAGUCAUAUGUUUACACUGAAGAACAAGCGCAAACAGACUUGGCUACCACUCAGAUAGAUAUACCACACAAAGGUUUUGCAGGAAAGGAAAUGUCCUUAUGGGAUGUUAUGUCAUCAAACUUACUUCAAGAAGAGGAUAAGCAAAGACUUAUUGAACAGUACCGGACCGGGGUAAUCACUAAGGAGAGAAUGAUCAUCAUCAUCAUUGAAAUCAUUGAGCAAAGAGAAAUCAUUAAAACUGAUCAGAGUAUGCUAUGUGACAUAAUCCGACGUAGAGUUACAAUUGAAGAUCUAUACAGCUCUCGUAUAAUAGACCUUGAAACGUACAAUCUCCUAAAACAAGGCAAGAAAACCAUCAGGGAAGUUAUGGAGAUGCCAGAAGUUAAGCGGUACCUCUUUGGCACAGGCAGCAUUGCUGGAGUUAUUUCAGACAGUUUUGCUAAAGUUAGUAUUUACCAGGCCAUGAAAAGAGGACUCAUCAAGCCUGAUGUAGCAACUGAAUUGUUAGAGGCACAAGCAGCAACAGGGUUCAUCACUGACCCUGUUAAACAUCAGUUGCUAACGGUUGAUGAGGCUGUCCGCAAGGGUCUUGUUGGACCCGAACUCCAUGACAAACUCUUGUCUGCAGAGAGGGCAGUCACAGGAUAUAAAGACCCAUACAGUGGCAAAGUAAUUUCCCUAUACCAAGCCAUGAAAAAGGAUCUAAUUCCUGAAGAGUAUGCUUUAAAAUUAUUAGAAGCUCAGAUUGCAACUGGUGGCCUAAUGGACCCUGAGUAUAAUUUCCGCCUCCCAGAUGAUGUUGCAAUGCAACGUGGAUACAUCAACAAAGAAACUAUCGAGAAGCUAUGUAGUUCAAGUGGCAAUGUCAAAGGAUUUAUUGAUCCAACAACAAAUGAAAAGCUCUCUUAUGCUCAAUUUCUCAAGAAAUGCAAGGUUGACAAAGAAAGUGGCCUCCAUUUACUGUCUCUUGCAGACAAAAAACUGUUGUUCAAGGGUCUUAGAAAACAAAUCACCUUGGAUGAACUACUGUGCUCUCAGAUUAUUGAUCAGAAGACCUACACAGAGCUCACAGAAGGGAAUGUCUCAGUGGAAGAAAUCAGCAAAGACUUGAAGAAGUACCUUGAGGGCACAAGUUGUAUUGCAGGUGUAUAUGUUGAGGCUACUAAAGAUCGUCUAUCAAUUUAUCAAGCCAUGAAAAAGAACAUGAUCAGGCCUGGCACUGCCUUUGAGCUGCUAGAGGCUCAAGCAGCUACUGGAUAUGUUAUUGAUCCAAUCAAAAAUCUGAAAUUGACUGUCAAUGAAGCUGUAAAAAUGGCAGUUGUUGGCCCAGAAUUUAAAGACAAGCUUCUCUCUGCUGAACGAGCUGUGACUGGAUACAAAGAUCCAUACUCUGGUAAGAUAAUUUCCCUAUUCCAAGCCAUGAAGAAGGGUCUGAUCCUUAAAGAUCAUGGUAUUCGUCUUCUGGAAGCUCAAAUAGCCACUGGUGGAAUUAUUGAUCCCGAGGAGAGUCAUCGCCUUCCAGUAGAAGUGGCAUAUAAGCGUGGUCUCUUUGAUGAAGAGAUGAAUGAGAUUCUGACCGAUCCCUCUGAUGACACCAAAGGUUUCUUUGACCCAAACACAGAGGAGAAUCUGACUUACCUUCAGCUAAUGGAGCGAUGCAUGACUGACCCUGAAACUGGACUUGCUCUCUUACUGCUGAAAGAGAAAAAGCGGGAAAGAAAGACAUCUUCUAAGUCAUCUGUGCGCAAACGCAGAGUAGUGAUUGUGGACCCAGAAACAGGGAAAGAAAUGUCUGUUUAUGAAGCAUACCGCAAAGGUCUAAUUGAUCAUCAGACAUACUUAGAACUUGCAGAACAAGAAUGUGAAUGGGAAGAAAUUACCAUCUCAUCAUCAGAUGGAGUCGUCAAGUCUAUGAUCAUUGACAGAAGGUCUGGACGUCAAUAUGACAUUGAUGAUGCCAUCACUAAGGGUCUUAUAGACCAGUCUGCUUUAGAUCAGUACCGUGCGGGCACCCUCUCCAUCACUGAAUUUGCAGACAUGUUGUCUGGCAAUAUGUGUGGCAGUAGAUCACGUUCAUCUUCCUUUGGGUCCACUUCAUCAUAUCCCAUGAGUCCAGCUCCAUCCAUCAGAACCCCAGCAACAACCUGGAAUGACCCUACAGAGGAGACAGGCCCAGUAGCUGGGAUCCUAGAUACAGAUACUUUGGAAAAGGUGUCCGUUACGGAAGCCAUGCAUCGUAAUCUAGUUGACAACAUUACUGGUCAAAGACUGCUAGAAGCACAGGCAUGCACAGGAGGUAUCAUUGACCCAAACACUGGAGAAAAGUUUAGUGUUGCUGAUGCGAUGAACAAAGGACUAGUAGAUAAGAUAAUGGUAGAUCGCAUCAACUUAGCUCAGAAAGCCUUCCAAGGAUUUGAAGAUCCAAGAACCAAAACCAAAAUGUCAGCUUCUCAAGCCUUAAAGAAAGGUUGGCUGUAUUAUGAGGCGGGUCAGCGUUUUCUUGAAGUCCAGUACCUGACAGGUGGAUUAAUUGAGCCUGAUGUUGCAGGCAGAGUUCCACUGGAUGAGGCUGUACAAAAGGGCACACUUGAUGCACGCACUGCACAGAAACUGAGGGAUGUCAGUGGAUACUCCAAAUACCUUACAUGCCCCAAAACCAAGCUAAAGAUCUCUUAUAAAGAUGCUAUGGAAAGAAGCAUGAUUGAGGAGGGAUCUGGAUUACGUUUACUGGAGGCAUCAUCCCAGUCCAGUAAAGGCCUUUAUAGCCCAUACAGUAUCAGUGGCUCUGGAUCAACUUCAGGGUCCAGGUCUGGGUCUAGAAGUGGUUCAAGGUCUGGCUCCAGACGAGGGAGCUUUGAUGCUACUGGCUCUGGUUUUUCCAUGAAUUUCUCUUCAUCUUCCUACAGCUCCCCAAGCUAUGGACGCCGAUACAGUUCAGGAGUUCAGAGUGGGUUGAAUAUGGAUGACUUAAGGCAGGCUCUAACAGUAUUAUCACUCAGCCAGAACUGUUGCACCGAGGAGAGAAAAAUGUUCCCACUAUCACAACCACAGUGUUCACUGGUUGCUUAAACUCUGGAAUAUCUGCUCUGCAUGUGGUUGCUAUGGGGCUGUGAGAAUAUUUCUUCCAUAUUGCAUUGUAUAUUUUCAAUAUUUAAAUUAUUUUCUUAUAUUAUAACAUAAUACACAUAGUAAGUUUGUAAUAUCUUAAUGAAUCAAAGAACACCCAUGGAAUAUUUUGUUUUUUCUUGGUUACAUAUUGCAGUUGUCAGUGUUAUUCACUGUCUUUAGUCCACUUAAUGUGGUAUAUUCAAAAAUGUACUUUUCAUUUUAACAUUGUCUGAAUAUAGAGAAUGCUUGAAAAAUAUGUUUCAAGUAUAGAGAAAAAGUUAUUCUGAUUAAUAUUUGUGCAGAAUGCAGGAUUAUUUAGACAAUGUACAUUUUAUUAACAUUUAUGUUGGCAUAUUAAAAAUAAGAGUUGGUAACCAUCUGCAGAGCAGAAGAAGAAUAUUGUUAAUAUGGGAGCACAUGAAGAAACAAUGCUUCAGAAAAUAUUCUAUGGCAACACUGCCACAGUUACUACUUCAAAUAAAGGAUUUGUCACACUCUCCUUUUCAUAUGGAAUAGAACAACAGUUGUGCCCUUUCAACUGUACAGUCGUUCAAAAUCAAAUAAAAUGGAUUGAUUCUUUUA